AAAAAGGUUUUAGUUAAGUUCAUUUCGUUUUAGUGAGAAAGUAAAGGGAAGAAGUGAAACACGUAACUUGUAUUCGUGUACUUGAUUGAAAAUUUAAUUAUAAAUUAUAGAUUUUACUGGGGAACGGGAAAUAUCAGAAUAAGUUAAAGUAGAACUAAGGCACGCCUAUCUGUUAUUGGUAUAAUUUUACACAGAAAUAUGUCGAAGAAACCGGCUGUACAACCGGCGUUACAUAAAGUCAUUAUGGUGGGUAGUGGAGGUGUUGGAAAAUCAGCCCUCACCAUUCAGUUCAUGUAUGAUGAGUUUGUUGAAGACUACGAACCUACCAAGGCUGAUUCAUAUAGAAAGAAAAUCGUCUUGGAUGGAGAGGAUGUACAGAUCGAUAUCCUUGAUACUGCAGGCCAAGAGGACUAUGCUGCAAUUAGAGACAAUUAUUUUAGGAGCGGAGAGGGAUUUUUAUGUAUAUUUUCUAUUACUGAAGAUGAGAGUUUUCAGGCCACACAGGAAUUCAGGGAACAAAUUCUUAGAGUAAAGAACGAUGAAAACAUUCCAUUCUUAUUAGUGGGUAACAAAAGUGAUUUAGAAGAUAAGAGGAAAGUUACAUACGCGGAGGCCAGCACAAGAGCAAAACAGUGGGGUGUUCCUUACGUCGAAACUUCCGCUAAAACUAGGGAGCAUGUUGACAAAGUGUUUUAUGAUUUGAUGAGGGAGAUCCGGGCCCGCAAAAUGGAGGAGAACAAGACCAACAACGGUCGGGGGAAGGACAAAAACAAGAAAAAGAAACUGAGGUGUACCAUACUUUAAUGUGUAAAUGUGUAUGCUUGUUUUAGCUUUAUAUGCAAGAUUAUCGGAUAUUAAUGUUGGAAAACAAACCCCAUACAUCAAUAUAUUUUUUACCGGAUUUGUUAACGUGUAUUCAACAAAUUUAUAAAGACUAUUAUUAUUAGGUGUAUGCGGACAGUCUUUUAAAUUAUAGAGACUAAAAUAUCAAAUUGGAUGUUCGUAAUGUAUGGUUUGUGUAUUAUAUAAAAUUAUAUUGUUUUGAAGUAUGAAUCUGUUGAUAUAAUAAAGGACUAUUAUUUUAAGAAGGUAUUGUCCAUAAGUUUUGAAAAGUGGGCAAUAACUGUCGCUAUUUUUAGGAAUAUUUAUUAUAUGGUAGGAUGUAACUUUUGUACGUAGUAACCACAUUUUAUACAUCACACGUAUUGUAUGUGUGGGUCAAUUCUGUUUAUUUCAUUUAUUUUGCACGAUUCUGUAGUUCGUUUUUGAGAAAUAUACUCGUAAGAUAACCUCAUUCCAAAUCAAAUAUUUUUGUUACCGCUUUUUUCAUUAUCUACAGACUUAACAAAGAUAAAGACUACAUACAAACAAAAUGCUCUAUUUUGGCUAAGUUUUUCACAUACUUUGCACUGCCAUCGCAAUAUUAAUAAAAUCUUAUUCACGAA